AUGUCGAACCCUUUUGUUUGUGGAGCAUUCAAUCCAAUAGAUGAUGAUGAACUAUGUACAAUUUCAAGCCCAAGAAGAUACAAAAGAAAAGAUAGCAAAAACAACCCUUAUUCUACACGUGGCUUAGAUAAAUUUUCCGCACUUUUAUCUGAUUUAAACGAUAAAAGGCAGAAAAUAUAUUCACAAAUGAACCCUCAUGAUAUAUCAUAUGUUCGUUUUGUUCACUCGAGUAAAGACGAUUUUGUCCCUAUUAUAGUUAAGGUGAAAAACAAGAGCCAAGAGUUAAAAGUAGUAAAAGCAAGAAACUUGAAGAAUUCAUCAACUGAUCAAUCAUCAAGUGUUGUUACUAUGGAAAAAAGAAACCAACCCGAGAAGAGAAUCUCCAUGAAAGUGAAGAAAAUUGAAAUGGAUAAAGCUAUGAUGUAUUUGGCAUUUGUUGUGAUCAUGAUUUUGCUUAUGUUGACUGUUUUUGGAAGAACAGUUACAACAAUUUUCACUUGUGUUUUAUGGUAUGCUAAUCCAACUAAGAAAGAUGGUUCAAGAAGUUCUAUGAAGAAAGAUUUUGGUAGAGGCUUGAGUGAGAAGAAAAUGGGUGUGACGAGUGAUGAAAGGAUGAAGAGAAAAGAUUAUAGUAGAUGGUUUAGUGAAAGGAAAAUGGAGAUUAGUGAAGGGAGUAAUGAGAAGAAGAAAGAUUAUGUUAGAAGAUGGAGUGGGAAGAAUAUGAUUAGUGGUACUAAUGAUGGAUUAGUUUCUCCAAGAAGUGGUGGUGAUUCUGAUGAAGCUACUUCCAAGAACAAGAAGAUUCAUGGAAAACGUUCACACAAGAAAAGUUAA